AUGAAACCUCCAGAUUUGAUCCUAAGCGAUACUGACCGCAUAGUAUUCCUGAUGGUGAUGGUCACAGGCACGUUGAUGGUGACGGGGGCAGCGGUGGCCGCGCUGUCGUCCGUCAUCAGCGUGCACAUGCGCCCAGAGGAGAGCUUCCGGACGCGGUACAGGAUCAUCAUGAGGGAUCUGACGAGCUCAGGCAUCCCCGAAAGCCUCUGCAACAAGGUGGAGACAUUCUACAAGAUGUACUGGCACAAACAGCGAGCGGUAUCCGCCUCUCAACUACUGCCUAGCUUCCCCCCUGUCCUGCCCAGCAGCGUAUACACCGAUGUCUACUUCGAGGCCACUCAGAAGAGCGGCCUCCUUCGCGACCUAUCCUACGAGUUUCUCUCUGAACUGGCCAGACACAUGGAGACAAUCUUCUACAUUCCUGGGGACUGCAUCAUCAAGCGGAACUCCCUGAAGGACUCCAUCAUCUACAUCACCUAUGGAGAUAUUGAGAUGCUGACAGCCGAAGACGACGUGUCUCCCAUGCUGCGUUUCACACGCGGCACGAUCCUCACGCCGUGGGGGGGCUGCGCGGCGGGCGGGGGGCGCGCACACGUUCAGGUGCUGAGUGAAGACGAAGAGUCGACGUUCGUUUCACGCACAGCACAGUCCUGA